AUACAUCUGAACUUCCUGUUUGUGUUUGGAAGGCGAACGCUGGCUUCACGUCGCCACUGAACGCGGAUUCAGACCGACAGCUGCCGUUGCUCACCUUUAAACUAACCGCAAAUCCUACUUAUGAGCUCGACUGAAAACCAGAGGACGUAAAUGGACCAAUUUCAGCUGAACGCUUCUUCAUAAAGAAAGGAGUGAGUGAUGAUUGUGUGUUGAUGCCACAAAGAAGAAGGUCAGGACAGAGGGAGUGAGUUUAUUGCCUUCCAUUGGUGGAUAUCUCACUGCCCUGGACAUGAUGGGCCCACGGCGCAAGGUCACCAGGACUCAUAGUUUGGGGGGAGGAACAUUUAGCUCCCUUGGACAUGAGGAACCUAAAGACUAUAUCAACGAGCUCUCGCAUGAGGUGCUCUGCCAUAUAUUCCGAUACUUACCCAUGCAGGAUAUAAUGUGUAUGGAGUGUCUGUCACGGAAACUGCGGGAGGCGGUGACUCUGUACUUGCGGGUGGUGAAGGUUGUGGACCUGUGUGCCAGCCGGUGGUGGGAGUACAUGCCCUCAGGUUUCACAGACUCCAGUUUCCUUAUGCUAAUGAAGAAGAUGCCUGAUUUGGAGCAGCUGUAUGGCCUUCAUCCACGUUAUCUAGAGAGAAGGAGAGUCAGAGGUUAUGAGGCUUUUAGCAUUCCCGGUGUUUUGGAGGCUCUACAGGCCUGUCCCAAUCUUAUUGGUGUGGAGACAUCGCAUUUGGAGCUGGUGGAGGCGAUAUGGAACUACAUGCCUCAGGUUCAUAUUCUAGGGAAGUUCAGGAACCGAAACGGGGCCUUUCCUAUUCCUUCAGAGAACAAACUCACUAUUCCAGCUGCAGCUAAAAUCCAGACCCUGCAUCUUGUCGGUGUCAACGUGCCGGAGAUCCCCUGUCUGUCCAUGCUCAGGCAUCUGUACCUGAAAUGGGUGCGCCUCACUAAGCCUCAGCCCUUCAAAGACUUUCUCUGUGUGAAUUUGCGUACGUUCGUCAUGAGGAACUGCGCCGGUCCCACUAAUUCUCUAAAGUAUGUGCCUCUUGUCACCGGCCUGGCCUCUGCCCGCAACCUAGAGCAGCUGGAGCUGGUGAGGGUGCCCUUUUAAGGGGGACUGAUUCAGCAUGUUGUGGAGGAUAGCUGGAGGUCAGGAGGAUUUCGUAAUUUGCACACAAUUGUAUUCGGUGCCUGUAAAAAUGCACUUGAAGUGGAUCUGGGCUACCUCAUCAUUACUGCUGCUCGCAGGUUGCAUGAAGUUCGAAUCCAGCCUUCCUUAACCAAAGAUGGGGUGUUCUCCGCACUGAAGAUGGCGGAACUGGAGUUCCCCCAGUUUGAAACUUUGCACCUUGGAUAUGUUGAUGAAUUUCUGUUGCAGUGUAAUAUGAGCCAUGCUGAGUUAGUCAAAUACGGUCUUGCUGAUGUAAUUGAGAAUCCUGGGAUCAUCACAGACAUCGGAAUGAAGGCUGUUAAUGAGGUGUUUACCUCCAUCAAGUAUCUGGUUAUUUAUAACUGUCCACAUCUUCACAAUCCACACAACUGGAUCACAGACCACUCGCGCUGGAGUCGGUUGGUGGACCUCACUCUAGUGCGCUGUCAUGCUAUCAAGCUGGAGUCAUUCAGUCAGUUCAUUGAGAUGCUUCCCAGCCUGGAAUUCAUCUCUCUGGACCAGAUGUUUCGAGAACCUCCCAAGGGCUGUGCCCGCGUGGGACUCAGUGCAGGCACUGGUAUCGGAGUUUCGUCUGCCCUGGUCAGCAAUCAGAAUUCCAACAAUGAUAAUGAUAACAAUAACAACAACAAUCACCAGAACAAUAACGAUGCGAACAUUCCACCAAAUAACAAUGAUGACCGGGUCGAAGAUGUGCCUCACCGUGGUCCAGAGGAGAUUCCUGAUGUUGAGGGCAUGGUGGCAGACAACAUAGAGCACGAGCCAGUUCUUGUGGCAUCCAAUCCAGAGGAAGAGACCCAGGGUUCUAGCCAGACAACUAAUGCUUCACUUGAACAGGAUGAAGAACAAGCAGGACCUAGUGGAGUUCAAACCUCCGUGAAGAAGCAGUCGGUGGUGGUGUCAGACUCGGACAGUGAGGAUGAGUACUGUCCAAUCAGGACACCAGCUGCUGCCCGCUCUCAAGGCCAGUACCCCGGGACAGAAGCCCAGGGGAAGAGCAGUACAGCUAUGACUCCACAUGGUAAAGGUAAAACUCCACUGCGUAGACGUGGGCCGCAACCUCAUGAGCUCAGCUGUGAGAAAGGUUGUCAGGUGACCAGCGAGCAGAUCAAGGCUGACAUGAAGGCAGCCACUGAGACGGCUGAGCGCGGGGCUAGAGACAGAAACAGUGGACCUGGGUCUGCUUCAGGCUAUGCUGCUGGCAGCUGUGUUUGCUCCAUCCGCUGGAGAGAGGACUCGGCCAAUCAGGACGACCAGGGUGGUGCGGGUAGAGGAGAGGAUGACAUGGUGAGGACACGAUGCACGUGCAGCAGGUCUCGUCCCGGUUCUGAAAACAGAACUCGUGGUAGCCACUGUCUGCCAGCAGGGGGCGACAGCCAUAGAUCAGAACGUCACAGCCCAGAUCAGAGAGCAGGAGGAGAUGAGAUGGAAAACAGGCACACCAGCGCUCCACCCAGGACUCAAGGCUCAUCUGAGGGGCACAGUGAGAGGACUGCAGGCCACCAUCAAGGAUCGUCACACAGAAGCCCUACAGAUGAGUUUCCCAGGAGACCGGUGACUCGUGCUCGCAGCAGACUUUCCUCUGUGCCCCUGGUGUGUGAGUCAGAACUACCCAAAGCAAAGCCUCGGGUUGCAGUCAAGAGGAAACGUAUGGCAGACAAGUCCACCAGCACAAGUGACCCCGUGACUGAAGAUGACCAUGUCCAGGUGCUCAGCCUUAAAUCUAAAAACCUGGUGGGAAUCACACUUACAAACUGCGGCAUCACAGACCUGGUCCUUAAGGAGUGCCCCAAAAUGAUGUUUGUCCACGCAACACGCUGUAGGGUGCUGAAACACUUGGUGGUAGAAAGUGCCCCCAUAGUAAACCGCUUUGAUUACGCGCAGUGUAAGAAACUGGACAUGGAGCAGGUGCUUGACCAGAUCUUACGGAUGCCACCGGAGAGAAACCGCAUCAUCUACAUGAGGCCCAUGCAGCAGAUUGAUUCUCUGGCUCUGGAGAAAAAGCUCUUCAGUGGUCCAUAUCCAUACCAUAUUGCUAUUAUCCACGAGUUCAGCAACCCACCCAAUGUCCGGAAUAAGGUGCGCGUGCGUAGCUGGAUGGACACCAUCGCCAACAUUAGCCAAGAACUCAUCAAGUAUGAAUUCUUUCCGGAGGCCACGCGGACGGAAGAGGAUGUAAAGAAGUAUCCCAGCUAUCCCUGGGGCCGAGACAUCUACACUUUAGAGGGAGUGGUAGAUGGGGCGCCGUAUUCGAUGAUAACAGAUUUCCCCUGGCUUCGCUCGUUACGCACCGCAGAGCCCAACAGUUACGCACGAUACGACUUUGAGGAUGAUGAAAAUACCACGAUCUAUGCGCCACGACGUAAGGGGCAGCUCUCGGCCGACAUCUGCAUGGAGACCAUCGGUGAAGAGAUCUCAGAGCGACGGCAGACACGUAGGGGUGUUUUCCAGCGUGUGGUGGUCGUCUUCAUUCACUACUGUGACGUCCGGGGGGAACCGGUGGAGGAUGACUACAUCUAGAACAAUUACUGCUCAGCCGGAGAGAGCCUGGAGAGAGCUCUUCAAAUCUCUGCCAGGCUCUGACCACCUCUGUGCAAGAAAAGAGAGGCGUCUUAGACACAGCCUCACUGUGGAAUACCAAGGCAUUUCCAGUUGCCUUUAUCUCUGAGUCGACUUGAAACAGAAAGUGAUCGCUUUCAAUCAGCCAUUGUCUUUUUGCGAGUUCAUUCUAGACUAAUGAACUGUUAGAGUAAUGGUGUCACCAGGCUGCUUCGCUUGUGUUCAUUACAUGAAGGAUGAAUGGCGGCUCUUCCAGGGAGCAGCAGCACACUUACUGUAAAGAGAGGUGACGGUGUCAGCAGUUGUUUUUGUUGCUGCAGUUGCACACAUGGGAAAAUACUUGCAGAGCCGUGGCAGGUGGCAUGUGAAAUCACUUGUUUGGUUUUUGGUGGAGACAGAAAUGUUGUUCUUGGUAGAAUUUUUUUUUUUUUUCUCUUCAGCCACUUGGCACGAUUUCACGGUGUGUCUGCACCGUUUCAGGCAAUAACAUCCUUUUUUUAUUUUUUUUUGCACAGCAUACCUUUUGAGAGACCUUUGUUUUAACAAGUCAUAUUUUAUUACUAUUUUCUCUCACCUUUUCUCCAGAAGUUGGCUCGUGUGUUACUUCACUGUUAACGGUGCUGUAAGUCAGUUUAACCCAGAACCUGGUGAAGUGAUUAAAUGUUUCUUGGCCCAUGAAAGGAACGUGGCAGAAUUUGUGAAAAAGUGUAGCUGUUUUUUUCUUUUUUUUUUUUUCUUUGUGCUCUUCAUAGAGCUAAAGAAUUGCAGAACAAAGAAAAGGGGGUUUUCCCCCUUAAUUUAACCCACUUUUUUUAUAGAAAUCUAGUAGAACAGUUUUAAAUCAGAAGCACGGUGGAUAAAGUUGCCAGGCAUAUCCCUUAUUCAUCUUCAGAUGACUUGAUGCACAUGCUCUUUUCCUCACAAGCUCGCUCUCUUCAUAUAGUAAAGCAUCUUCAGAAAUGGCCCUUAGCUGUUUACUUGCGUUAUAACCUACAACAGAGUCACCAUUACCGUUUCGGAUGAUUUCGUUUCUCUUCCUUUGCUAACAUAAGUUGCUUGGUUGCAUUUCAAAUGACAAGUGCAAAUAAUAUUGAAUACACACUGUGUCUUAACUGCCUGUUUGGUGCACAAUAGAAUUCACCAACUGGUGUUUGUUAUGAAUGGGGAAAUUAGUCCAACUGGAAGAGGAUUGAGAGUCUAGGACCCGUUAAUGCAUGAAAACCCCCAUCUUGCUGCUCUACUUUGUGCUUUUCUAGGUGACCCACUCUGCCAUGUUUAAAAGCCAAGAAACUGAAUGGAUUGAAUCUGCACCCAUGCUGAGCACUACAGAAACUUGUGUACAAAGGUUGUGUACAGAUGUUCUGUAUUUAAAUAAUUUGUUUUAUAUGUUUAUAUAAUAGAAUAAAUAUUUCACUAAGA